AUGACGACUUCUACGGAACCACCCCACUAUCUCUUGGUGUCUCAUUCGUCUCUUCAGCACAGCUCAGGUCUUAGUUCCAACUCCCUCGCGCAUGCAAACGUAGAAUAUCGCUAUGCGGAUGACUCGCCUUUGGUGCUGUUGUCGCGUCAUCCUGACGAGCAUGUCCUUGUGUUAAAUCAUGAUCCAGCGAAAGGAGACAUACCAACGGUCCGGAGCACUUCUAGUCAUAUGGCUGUGACAGGCAUCAAGGUGUCUGUGGCACCUGGCGCUAGCGUCAAUGAGGACCACAGCACGAAUGAUAAUAUGUAUGUUUUAGAAGUUGUAUCCACUUCUGACGACCACUUGAGCAUGGAGUCAUCCCAUGCCUACUUGCAGAAUCCCCAGGCAAUAGUUGCUCGGUUCAAACAGAGGAAUAUGGUGCUUCGUUGCGUCUUCGAUUACCCUGGAAUUGGCAAGGCCGGUGGUAUUCUACCAUCUCGGUCUAGCUCACGGCCUAGAUCACCAGGUCGCCCAACGUAG